GCCCCUGCACUCCGCCGCUCGCCUCGAUGGCCGGGCUGACAGCCGCGGCGCCCGGAGAUGCAGCUGGAGCCGGCAGCCGGGCAGCGCACAGGAGGCGGCAGGCAGGCGGGCGGCGGUCCGGUCCAGCCCGGGCUGUGGCGAUGAUCUCGCCCUGACCGGGGUCCGGCCAGCUGCGGCUGCCUUUGCUCCCCGCCGCCCUCCUCGGGCUCCCCUGUCCAAAGGGGUCCUCCCUGGGCGACUUUGCUCCUUCGCCCUUGGAUUCCUUCUUCCCUUGCAUCCUUCCCUCUCCCAGGAUGGCGGAGGCCGAAUUGCACAAGGAGAGGCUGCGAGCCAUUGCAGAAAAAAGGAAACGGCAGACAGAAAUAGAAGGGAAGAGACAGCAGCUCGAGGAGCAGAUACUUCAGCUGCAGCAUUUCAAGUCAAAAGCGCUUCGUGAAAAAUGGCUGUUGCAGGGGAUUCCUGUCGGUUCACCUGCAGAAGAAGAAGCCAGGAAGAGGCAGUCAGAAGAAGAUGAGCUCAAAGUGAAGAAGCUGGAAGGCAACAUCCAUCGGUUGGAAGAAGAAAUUGGGAAGCUAGAAAGUGAGGAAUCGCAAAUAUCCGCCAAGGAGCGAAUCAUCUUACAGAAAUUAAAAGAGACUGAGAAAUCCUUUGAGGACUUGCAAAAGAGUUUCUCACACCAGGAUGGUGAGGCGGUGAAUUACAUUUAUUCCCAGAUCUCUGAACUCCCAACCUUCUUUUCACGAACAACGGAGGAACCGGGUCCUGGGAAGGACGGGACGAGCAGGAUAACUGCUUUGUACGGCAUGGAAAUUAAUGUGGAGAAAGACAAACAGACAGGGGAGACCAAGAUUCUCUCUACGUCCCCCAUUGGCCCAGAAGGCGCCCGUCAAAGAGGAAUUAAAGUCUAUGAUGAUGGUACCAAAGUAGUCUAUGAGAUGCACCCUGGGGGGGCAGUGAUAGAAAACGGAGUGCAUAAGUUGAGCUCCAAGGAUGUAGACGAACUCAUUAAGAAAGCUGGACAAUCGACCGUAAGAGGGGGAGCUGUGUCAGAGAGGAACACGAUAGCCGAAGGAAACCUCAGCCAUAGGAAGGAGCAGGUGCUCUUCAAGGAGGCGAAACUAGAGAUGGCGCACAAAUCUAGCAAAAGACAUUCCGGGAACCCUCGCCACCAGGCCAAGAUCUCUGGGGAGGAAGUGCCAGAAGCCAGUACGGAGCACCCCGUCACAAUGAUAUUUAUGGGUUACCAAAACAUCGAAGACGAGGAGGAGACCAAAAAGGUGCUGGGCUACGACGAGACAAUCAAGGCCGAACUGGUCCUCAUUGACGAAGACGAUGAGAAGUCCUUGCGUGAGAAGACUGUGACGGACGUGUCCACCAUGGACGGAAACGCGGCUGAGUUAGUUUCUGGAAGACCCACCUCCGACACGACGGAGCCCUCCUCACCAGAGGGGAAAGAAGAGAGCCUACCGAUGGAAAAACUCCCAGGUACAGACAAGAAAAAGCGCUGUCAAUGCUGUAUUGUCAUGUGACCACUUCUUCCUUUCUUCCUCUUCUUCCGAGCAACAUGUGCUCCAUCACUCCCUUAGACCUCACUGUAUUUUUUCUAACUGCAGUACUGUGAACUGGAAGGGACUUCCUUCGAUGCCUUGCAGUUGGGUUGCUCUGAUUGGUUUUUCUCUAGCUCUUCGAGGGAGAUUUGAGUUAUGAAAAGAAGGAUUGCUCACCAAAUGCACUGUUUUAGAAUUAUUUUUCAAAGGUGAGACAUAAGCAGGAAGGGAACAAAAAAACACUUUCAUAGUUGAAACAGAUCUAUCUAUAGCUAUAUCUAUAAAUAUAUAAUAUAUGAAUAUGCAUAGGUGGCUGUGUGUAAAUGUGCAUAUUUAUGUAUUAAAUAUAUUUAUAAAAAACAUGUAAAUGUAUAUGAAGAAUUUUACUUUAUAUAUAUCUAGCAGGUAUGGUCAGCCUCCCAGGAUUUUUGCAGGACUCUGAGUUUCACAUCUACGUGAGCCUUAAACUGCAUUUUAACAACUUUUGUAAUAGGUUUUUUUUUCCUUGGAGCAAAGGGAGCGGGCCUGCGGUUGUUUUGGUGUCAUUCACCUUCAGCGCCCUUCCUGUUCAAAAUGGCGCCACAUUCAGGCCCCUUCCUUUCCAAAAUGGCUUCCCUUUCCAAAAUGGCUUCUGGAAGAGGUUCAACAAGACUUGCUCACAUGUAGGCUCCAAUAAAUUGCUGCGGGGGGGGGGGGCGUGUUGUGAAGGGAUUUUGCUGGCAUUAGUGGGCUCAGUCCACCAAGAGCUGCCACUGUGCAAACGCCAGCCAGUCUGCCCGACAGUGGAGGGAACUUCUGUAGAAGCUCUGUUGAGCAGAAUGAACUUUCCACAGCACCAGUGCUGGGCUAAUUGGCUGUUUGGAACCGAAUCCCAUGUGGGUAACUCUGUUGGCUUUAAUGGGACUUGUGUGCUGAAUUGCAGCCUUGGAGUUGAAGUUGUCACAACAAAUACUCAACAUUGGUCAUCACCACUAUGUAAUCCUGAAAUGAGUUAUUUCUUUCUGCCUGACAGAUUGAGACUAAAGAGAAGUUUGGCCUUUCCCAAAUCUUCCAGCUGGACUGUAUUGUGAAUCUGUUGCAUGUGGUGACAAAAGUUGUAGCCACAACUGAAACAUAGAUGCUGAGUUUUCAUUCCUUGCCUUUCAGUACAGUGUCUAUGUUGGCUUGUGGUCUGGCUGCUGCAGCCCGAUAGAUGAGAGAUUUAUGGUUUGCUGCUUAAAUGUUCACAUAAUAUGCUUCAAAUAGUUCCUGUGAAGUGAAUUCAGAACAUCUUCUGGUGUUUUAAGGUGAAAAAGACCCAUCUCAAAGCGUGCCUGUAAUCAUAUCAACUUAGCCUAAAGAAUAUCAUUUUCACCUUUGACCUGGAGAGUGAAAGGAGCAAAAUCAAAACGGAAGGGGAAUGUGCUAUCAAGUCCUAACUGACUGAUGGCAACCCUGUAGGUUUUUCAAGGCCAGAGAGAUUUAGAGAUGGUUUGCCAUUGCUUGCCUCAACAAAAAUCAAAGAACUGAAGCAAGCUGUGCUGGCAUGAAUGUACAAACUUUCAGGAUUUUUAGGGCUCUUGUGUAAGGUGACCAGAUGGUCA